AUGGAAGUUUACGUGGAUGACCUACUAGCAAAAAGCAAAGAGCCCGCCCAGCACCUUGGGGAUUUGCGAACAACAUUUGGGAUCUUAUGCCGUUACAAGAUGGGGCUGAACCCAUCAAAGUGUGAUUUUGGGGUCCAAUCAGGAAAAUUCUUGGGCUUCAUAGUAUCGGAGAGAGGAAUUGAAGCUUCUCCGGAUAAGAUAGAGGCCCUAAUUAAUAUGAAGCCGCCAAAUAAUCUGAACAAGACUCAACGACUGGCGGGUAGAGUGGCCACCCUGGGAAGGUUCAUAGCCAGAUCAAUAGACAAGUGCCUCCCAUUUUUUCAAGUACUGCAAAAGGUACAUCCUUGGAAUGAACAGUGCGACAAAGCGUUUGAAAAGUUAAAACAAUAUCUGGCCAAUCCACCCCUUUUAAAGCGACCAGAGAAAGGAGAUGUACUCUAUGCGUAUCUAGCAGUCUCCCCGCACGCUGUAUCCACCGUCCUCGUGAAGGAAGAAGAAGCCAUGCAACAUCCGGCCCAGGCAGUGAAGGUACUGACAGAAACUCCAUUGGCAAAAAUACUAAGGAAGCCAGAUUGUAUAAGGAGGCUAAUAAGAUGGUCAAUCAAGUUAAGUGAGUUUGAUAUAAAGUACGAGCCAAGGAAAGUCAUAAAGGGGCAAGCAAUGGUGGAUUUUGUAGCAAAAUUCUCAGAUUUUUCCCUAGAAAAGGUGAUAGCACCGACAGGAAAGCCCUGUGUAUUAUUUAUAGACGGGUCGUCCUACCAAACAGGCGGAGGCAUGGGAAUACAUUUACUGAGCCCCGACGGUCAGGUACGAUAUUACAUGGUCACACUGGCAUUCAAAGUAACGAACAAUGAAACUGAGUAUGAAGCAUUGAUAGUGGGUUUGUUUGUGGCCGCCCAGAUUAGGGCAACCGAAGUAGAUGCCAAGUCGGAUUCACAAGUAGUAGUAAAUCAAGUUUUGUGCAUGUACACUGCAAAGGGCGAAAAUUUGAAGAAAUAUCUGGCACGAGUUUGGGAAAUACACGAUCUCUUCUCAUACUUUGCCAUAACUCAGAUAUCAAGAGCGGACAACGAGGUCUCUGACAGAUUGGUAGGAGCGGCAUCAGGAAGGGAAGAAGUACCCCUACUAUGGCUAGUCGAGAAAAGGGUCAUCGAGGUCCCAAUUGUGGGCGUCGAAGUAGGAGUUCUGGGGUCAAGUACCCCAAACUGGGCGAGCAGUAUAGUGGAGUACUUGGUUGGAGGAAAACUGCUGGAAGCAAGAGAAGAGGCAAGAAAGAUAAAGAAAAGGGCGGCCAGGUUUGGGAUUCCCCACAAUAUUGUAACCGAUAAUAGGCGCCAGUUCGAUUCAGAUCACUAUAGAAAAUGGUGUGAGAAGUUAAGGAUCAAGGCAAAGAACUCCUCCCCAGGCCACCCCCAAGCAAAUGGUCAAGCUAAGGUGACCAACAAGGCGUUACUCUCAAUCCUCAAGAAAAAGGGGAAUCCUAGUUUACGCUGGCUUACGGAUGCGAGGCAGUUACAGCAGCGGAAGUAG